AUGGACGAAAGCCUCUUUUUCUCCGUAUCCUACCACAAACUCACUGUGGUCGGAACCGACGCCCCCUCCUCCUACUACCUCUCCGCCGCGGCCUACUCCAGCGCCUUCGGCGCCGGCUUCGACAACACCACCACCACCGCCAUCCUCCACUACCAAAACACUUAUAAUAAAACUCAUAAAAGGACCCCCACCCCUCCCUCCCCCAACGCCACCGCUGCCGCCACCCAAUUCACAAGAAGACUAAGAAGCCCCUCUCCCCAAAGCGUCCCCACCCAAAUCGACACGCACCUCGUCAUCGCCGCCUCCGUCAACUUCCUCAACACUAGCGGCGCCGGCCCCUUCGGCCGGAGAUUCGCCGCGAGCCUGAACAACGUGAGCUUCGUCCCUCCGGCUUCAGUCGACAUUUUGCAAGCUUAUUACAAGGGGAUUAACGGCGUUUACACGACGGAUUUUCCGGAGAAGCCGCCUAAGGGGUUCGACUACACGGGGAAGGAUCUGCCGGGGGAGCUUCUGGUGCCGGAGUUUGGGACGAGGGCGGUGGUGUUGGAGUACAAUGUUGAUGUUGAGAUGGUGCUACAGGGGACGAAUGUGCUGGCGAGCGACAAUCAUCCGAUGCAUCUCCAUGGCUAUGGGUUUUACGUGGUCGGGUGGGGGUUCGGGAACUUUGAUUCACGAGACGGGCCGUUGGGGUACAAUCUUGUCAAUCCUCCUCAGGUGACGACGGUCGGGACAAUCCAAAUUAGUUUUGUUUUAUAA